AUGAUGCAAAAUCCCGAGUCCAAGAUGGAGGGCCAGGUGCACUGGCCAGAUCAGGAGGGCUGCUAUGCAGGCUGUGCAGCCGACAGCAUGGCCGGGGGCAAAACCUAUGGUUCCUUGACGCCUCCGCACUUCUUUAAAGAGCCUGAUGAGGAGGCGGAAGUCCCUGACGCCCCAGGCGCUCCACUCCCGUCCGGUGCACUGGCACCCAGGCGCCAGAAAGUUUGCGAUAUGCUGGGUCGCAUCACUGGUGCAUAUCAAGGCAAGUUCUGCCAGGGCCCCGAUGCUUGCGUCACUGCAUUGCCGAGGGAUUUUGGCCAAGUCACCGGCGCCACAUUCUGCCCCAAGGGUGAUUGCGGAGAGAAGGCCGGACGCCCCUGGUGUGUGAGCCCACAGUUCCUGAAGCUCUACGACGGCCCCAUCGAGAUCAAUUGCAAGGCCUCAGGCCGUGGCACCACGGAACAGGCCCUGGCGGAAGACGCAUCGAUCCAUUCAAACCAUCAGAAGCAGCUUGUGGAGGAAGACUUUUGGGGGUGUCAACUCUCCAGCCUCCAGCCUCCAGCGUUAAGGCUUUGUUUGGAGCAGCUGGAGGACCAAGGGUUGUUUCAGUGA